AUGUCUAUGCACCACGCGACGGCCUCCGCGAGUAUUUCUGAUUCCCAACGCCCUGGGUCUAUGUUACAGCCAUCAAAACACGCGCUGGAAAAUGUCGCCACUACUGGGAGCGACCGCCGCGUCGAGCAACUUUCCCAGGAACCUGACCCAGAAGCGGAGGAGCAUAUGGAGGAGGUCGAUGAGGUGGUCAAGGAAGACAUGAAAAAGCUUGAAGAUACUUUUCCAGGAAUUUCGGAUCGUUUUCGAUUGGUAAAUAGAAUCGGUGAAGGUACUUUCUCUACCGUAUACAAGGCCGAGGAUCUAUUGUAUGACCACUAUAGAAACGAUUGGGAUAUUUUUCGAGACGAACAGAACAAUGAAUUGAUGGAUCCCCCGUCAAAAAGGCGACGGGUCGAAGGAGAAAACUGUAAUUCGAUGCGCGUUCAGCGACGGAAAUCCCGAUAUGUUGCGCUGAAGAAGAUAUACGUCACGAGCAGCCCGCUUCGUAUUCAAAAUGAACUUGAACUACUACAUGACCUCCGAGGGUGCCGAUCAGUUUGCCCUUUGAUAACCGCUUUUCGUCAUCAUGAUCAAGUUGUUGCAGUUUUACCGUUCUUCCCACACACGGACUUUCGGCUCCAAUAUAGGACGUUCAUGGUAGCGGAUAUGCGCCAUUACUUUCGAUCAUUAUUCACUGCAUUGCACUCGGUCCAUAAACACGAUAUACUACAUCGUGACAUCAAGCCAACAAACUUCCUGUACAACCCGGACCUGCGAGAAGGCGUUUUAGUCGACUUUGGUCUGGCUGAGCGCGAAGGCUCUGAAUACACCGGCACUUGUCUAUGUACGAGCGCGAGCUACAUGCGCCGCACUAAAUACGUGCAAAGCUACCACUACUCCCACUGUUCACCAUCUGGCCUCGCCGUAGGAUAUCCAAAAAGCGACUCACGGCCGUCAAGACGCGCGAAUCGCGCGGGAACUCGCGGGUUUCGUGCACCUGAGGUCCUCUUCAAGUGCAUGUCGCAGACAACUAAAAUCGACAUGUGGUCCGCUGGUGUCAUUCUGCUAACUUUACUUGGUCGCCGAUUCCCUUUUUUCAACUCAGCUGACGAUGUCGACGCAUUGAUAGAGAUGGCAAGCAUAUUCGGUACCCGGCGCAUGAAAACUGCCGCAGCAAUGCACGGGCAGAUCUUCGAGACUAACAUUCCUACCAUUGGGGAAAAGGGAUACAGUUGGGAGAAGCUUGUGAAGUGGUCUAGUUGUGUAGAGGAACUAACCGAGAGUGAGAAGCAAGCUACCCGCCUCUUAGCGGGAUUGAUGGAAUUAGAUCCGUCCAAACGACUGGGUGCUAAAGAAGCUAUGCAACACGAGUUUUUCACUAAUCCGAUUGAUCACGAUGUUGAAUGGGGAGGGCCGGAGGACAGCGCAGAUAGUGGGAGAGAGGGCGGGGAUAAAGCUGGCGAUGACGAAGAAGAUGAUGAGGUGGACAUGGUAUGA